AUGGAAGGUUCCGGUCCCACUGUGUGUCCCCUGGCUCUCUCUCCCACAGAGAGCCAGGCACCUGUCCUUAAUGGUACCUUGGUGGCUUCCCCCUGCCAUGACAGCCCCCAGGCCAGGAACCAUCAGGAAAGCUGGCUGGCCUCAAAUUCCUGUGGACACGUGUUACAGAGGGCAGGGAAGGAGACUACUGCAGGUGGCCCAGAAAGUCUGUUAAGCUGUGGCCAGCCUGCUGCCUGGACAUGCCAACCAGGCACUUCAGGAACAGGCUGCCUGGUGGGAAGGCUCUUGACACCUGAAACAUUCCUUGGGCAGUGGCUCUUGGGGGAGUGGGGAGGAAUGAAACAAGAUGCUCAUCACAUCAGAGAUGCAUCAGAGGAUCACAAUCAGUUCUAUGCUGCCAAAGAUUUAAAAAAUUAA